AUGAAUAAUAAAACAACUAGGAAUUUGUUUUUAGUAUUUAUGGUGAUACUAGUGAUAUGUGGUAUCGCUGCCGUAAAAUUGACAAACAACGAUGAAGUUUAUCAAUCUAAUUGGGAUACAAUAAAUGUAAGACCAAUACCAAUUUGGUAUGAUCAAGCAAAAUUCGGAAUGGGAGUAUAUAGUGUACCUGCAUUUGCAAAUAAAUCUGAACCUUCAGCAGAAUGGUAUUGGGAUACUUGGAAGCAUGAUACUGAUGGAGGAUGGACAGCAGAGUAUCAUAAUCGGUCUUUUGGUGCUGACUUUACAUAUCAAGAUUUUGCAAGCAUGUUCACUGCACAUCUCUUUGAUGCUAAUAAGUGGGCGAAUCUUAUCGAAAAAUCUGGUGCAAAAUAUGUUGUACUAACGAGUAAACAUCACGAAGGCUUCCCACUCUGGCCAAGCAAACAAGCACCUAAUUGGAAUUCUGUAGAUGUUGGACCAAAGAGAGAUAUUGUAGGUGAAUUAUCAACUGCUAUUAAAAACAAAGGAAUCAAUAUGGGAUUAUACUAUUCUCUCUUUGAAUGGUUUAAUCCAUUGUAUUUAGAAGAUAAGAGCACGGGUAAACCACCAAAGACUGAAAACUAUGUUGACGAUAUCAUGAUUCCUCAGAUGAAAGAUAUAGUUAAUAAAUACGAACCAUCUAUUGUCUGGACUGAUGGAGAAUGGGAAGAAGAUAGUGACUAUUGGAAGUCAACAGAGUUUCUUACGUGGCUAUUCGCAUCGAAAGUUGGUGAUAAAGUAGUCGUCAACGAUCGUUGGGGAAAAGACUGUCGUGGAAAGAAUGGUGGAUUCUAUACUGGUGGAGAUCGUAUGAAUCCUGGACAUCUUAUGCCUCAUAAAUUUGAGAACUGUGCGACCAUAUCGACGUCUUGGGGUUAUAAUCAAAAUGAAGAUGCAGAUACAUAUCAAUCGGUGGAGAAACUGAUUACCACUUUAGUGGAAACCGUCAGUUGUGGAGGUAACCUACUAUUGAAUAUCGGUCCAACCAAAGAAGGUGUCAUUGUAGUGGCACAACAACAAAGUCUACUUGGAAUAGGUGAGUGGCUGAGUAUCAACGGCGAAGGUAUAUACUCUAGUGUGCCAUGGAGAGUACAGAAUGACAGUACUAGUCUCUGGUAUACCUAUAAUAGCGAUAGUCAAACUCUCUAUGCUUUUAUGACCGGUAACUGGCCUACAACAAACCAAAUACAACUCAUUUCACCAAUAACCAAUAGUAAAACGGCAGUCCAAUUACUUGGUUAUGAUGGACCAUCAUUAUCUUUUAAUCCAUUAGACAAUGGAGGUCUAAAUAUUAAACUACCAUUACUGACCCCAGGCAAAUAUCCACCACAUAAUGUCUAUACAUUAAAAAUAACAAACGUAAAAUAA